AUGUCAUCAAUUGUCAACAUGAAUAGACUUGAUAACUUGAGUCUUGGAGAGUUGGAGGCUGCUAUUGCAGAACUUACGGAUUCGUAUAACAGCGACAUUGCAACGCUUGGGAGGAUGUUAUCCCAAACAAGGGUUGAUGCUGUUCCUCCAUCAUUCAUGAGUCAGAGAUCGACAGUUCCUGUUAAUUCACCAUCUUUAUUUUCUGACAUGAGCAGAUCUCCUGUUCGAUGUCAGAAUCAAAGGCAAUCCAGUGUUCGUUUCAGUUCAUCUACGUCAGGUUUGGAGAGAACUGCAGAUUAUUACAGAGAUUCGAAUCCUGUUAGAACAAGGACGUCUACGCCAGUAGAUACUCAACGACAGAGAGAUAAUAUGUAUGGACCUGUGUCUAAUAUCUCAACCUUAGCCAGUGGUUCCAGUCGCUGUUCUCCAGAAUCUAGCAGAAGGGCCAGAAAAGCAGACAGUCAAAUGUUUGGAUUUGACAGAGCUCAGACAGCCGAUGCUAGACCAUUACAAAGGUUGGCUAAGCCUAUCGCGAUGCCUCCUAAGUAUAAUGGUGAAACACGAUUGAAUGAUUAUUUGGUUCAAUUUGAAGUCACUGCAGAGAUCAACUCAUGGAGUGAAGGUGAUAAAGCGAGAUUUUUGGCGAUUAGUCUUACAGGUAAGGCAAGUGAUAUAUUUGGUACGUUGAAACCAACUGAUGUUCUUAACUACCAUUGUUUGGUAGAAGCUUUAAAGCAGAAAUUUGAUCCUCCGGAGUUAGCAGAGAUGCACAAGGUACAGUUACGAGAACGACGAAGAAGGAACAAUGAAAGUUUGUCGGAGUUUGCUCAAGCUGUCCACCGCCUGGUGUAUUCUGCUUAUCCCAGAAGUAGUGAAAUAACGAAAGAAGAGAUGGCUAAAGACCAUUUUAUCCAGUAUUUUGGAGAUAGCCAGAUGAGAAUGCUUGUAAGCCAAGCACGUCCCCGAGAUUUGAAUGCCGCACUACACCAUGCUAUGGAGUUAGAGGCCAUCAAACAUUCAGAUCCCGAUGUACGCUCCACUCAUGUAGCUAAUGCAAAACCCAAGUCUGGAAAGAAGGCAGAAUCUGAGAGUUCUGAACUGCAUAAAAUGAUAGCAAGUUUGAAAGAAGAAUUAAAAGAAGUGAAAGAGAAGUUACGAGAGUUAGAAAAUAAGAUUUCAGAUAGGAAAAGAAGAGACCUGUCUGAAGAAACAUGCUUUAAUUGUCUAGAGUUAGGGCAUUAUUCUACGACAUGUCCCUCACCUCGCAAGAGUCCCCCUGUUGGCUCUUGGCGAGAUGGGAGGGUACCAUUUCAGCAGACUAAUCAGAGAUACACCUGCUGUACCAGUUCCCAUGCCAGCACCUUCAAAGUCACAUCAUUCUAGCUUAGACAGAACUGUUGGUGUUGUGAACCCUUCCAGUUCCGGUAUUUUUGUUGAAGGCAACGUAGA